AUGAAGCUGAGCCUGCAAUUUUUGCUAGCUGCUCUUCUCUCCUUUAUCCUGCAGAUGGGGAUUUGCUAUGGAAUAAAAUGGAUAGCUCUGUCCAAGACUCCUGCAGCUUUGGCUUUGAAUCAAACCCAGCACUGCAAGCAGCUUGAAGGCUUGGUGGUUUCCCAGGUGCAGCUAUGUCGAAGCAACCUGGAGCUAAUGCAAACCAUCAUCCAGGCAGCACGGGAAGUGAUAAAGACCUGCCGUAAAACUUUCUCAGACAUGCGGUGGAACUGCUCUUCCAUUGAUCUGGCUCCUAACUACCUGCUGGACUUAGAGCGAGGCACAAGGGAGUCAGCAUUUGUGUAUGCGCUUUCUGCUGCUGCCAUCAGCCACACCAUUGCUAGAGCCUGCACCACCGGGGACCUCCCUGGCUGUUCCUGUGGUCCCAUCCCAGGUGAGACACCUGGACCUGGGUAUCGAUGGGGAGGAUGUGCAGACAACCUCAACUAUGGUCUUAUCAUGGGGUCCAAAUUUUCAGAUGCUCCCAUGAAGAUGAAAAAAUCAGGAUCACAAGCCAAUAAACUGAUGCAUCUGCACAACAGUGAAGUAGGGAGACAGGUCUUGAAAGCCUCUCUUGAAAUGAAAUGUAAGUGCCAUGGAGUUUCUGGGUCAUGCUCUAUCAAGACCUGUUGGAAAGGCCUUCAAGAGCUGCGAGACAUUGCACUGGACCUCAAAAACAAGUAUUUAUCAGCCACCAAGGUCGUUCACCGACCCAUGGGCACGCGCAAAUACCUCGUGCCAAAGGAUAUCGAUAUCAGGCCGGUUAAGGAGACAGAGCUGAUUUACCUGCAGAGCUCACCUGAUUUCUGUAUGAAGAACGAGAAAGUGGGGUCGCAUGGGACCCAGGACAGGCAAUGCAACAAGACCUCCAACGGGAGCGACAGCUGCGACUUGAUGUGCUGUGGCAGAGGCUACAACCCCUACAUGGACAAAGUGGUGGAGCGGUGCCACUGCAAAUACCACUGGUGCUGCUACGUGACCUGUAAAAAGUGCGAGAGGACUGUCGAGAGAUACGUGUGCAAGUGAGACCCCCUCCUCGCUCCCACCGGGAGCCAAGRUGCCAGCAGAACCCAUGCACUGCUCACAGAAGAGAAAACAUUUCCCCGACUCAACGUCACUUAUCUUGUAAAGACACAGACUUGGAGAGAGAUGGUAGGAGGAGAAAGCAACUGCAAAGUGAAAAUAGGACCCUUAAAAAAAAAAUGUAAAAAGUGGAAAGCUUUUCCCCACCAAUAAAAUGCUCUCUGAGAAGAUAAAAACUCCUUUGGGAUGGUAUCUUCUUCCAAAAUAUUUCCUAUAUUGCCAAUGACAUCCAGCCAUCAAGUGCCUUAGUAUUUUGAGAAACAAAAGUAGAAAUUUUCAGCAACGGAAGAAAAACAACUCUUGUUGGAAACUAACAAAUGCCCCCACCCACUAAAGCCUUCUAGUGUGGA